CCGGUAUAAAAUUUUGUCUUGAGUGGCUGCAGUUGUACUGUACCAUGUCCCAUCAUCAUCCUCAAGAUUCCCAUAUGAACACGGACUCUCCUUCUUCGGAGUCGGCGUUACACGGUGACCACGCUGCUGCUGGGCACAGCAUGUUCUUUGUUCUGAGCUCUGAAGUAACGCUCUGGUUUGAGAGUUGGACCAUCAGUUCUGUCGGAGGACUCAUUGGAAUAUGUAUUGGUAUCUUUUUUGCUGCGGCUCUGUAUGAGGGUCUGAAGUGGUUUCGUGAGUAUCUGUUGAUUAAGGCGAUUAUUGGUGUCAAACGUCGAACUGCUGCAAAAUCACACAUUCGUCGCACUACGAACAACGGAAACCUGAGCAAUGGAAAUAUGAGCAAUGGAGGAAUCGCGAUGACAAGUUUUAAUGAAGACAAUGAUCAAGUUGAAGACGAUCAAACAAAACCCACAUUGAUGAGGUUGCCGCUUAUCGAUCACAUGCUGCAGACUCUGAUGCACAUGCUGCAGGUGUUUGUCAGUUACUUGUUGAUGUUGGCGUUCAUGACAUACAACGUGUGGAUCGGCAUCGCUGUCGUGCUUGGUGCGGGCAUUGGCUAUUUCGUCUUUGCUAGUCGAAUGCCGGGGUUACAGUCGGUUUCGAGGAUGAGUGAACACUGUCACUAAGUCGAACUGGUUGGUGGAUUGCCGUGGUUGUAGGCAGUUAUAAGAUAGAUUACUUUUAGUGCUUAAAAUUAAUUUUGUGUGGGAUCGAGACACGUUCACAUUUUAACUUUAGUCGUAUUAUAUGUUUAUUGGUUGUGGCAUGCGUGGUGGCGUGUUGCUAAGUGUGAGGUGUUACAGGAUGGUAGUUGUUGUAAAUGUUCUUGGCUUGUUAACAAGGAAAGUGUUUGAGUUGGUAAUACAAUUCAAGUUGAUUGUGUUGUUUUACUUUUAGUAUGUAGAAGGGAGACACGUAGGUCAUUUGUACAGUGAGGUCCAUGUAUUUGGUCUUU